CUGCCUGCCUUUUUCAUUCUGAAAGAAAACAGAAGAGUAAAGGGAUGGGACCCCGUAGAGAUGUGGGGAGCGGAGGCCUAUCUGGCCCAGUCCCAAAGGAUACCCGGAGUAUCGAGUUGGGUACUGCAGUGGUGGAUUCUGCACAGGGAGAAAGCUAGGCCCAGCUCGGGCCUCCUCAGCUCAAGUAGGUCAGAAUUCCUAGCGAGGGGCCUCUGCCCUCGGCAAAGCUCUCCACCGACCACUGUGGUAUCCUGUUACUCGUUCUCUGCAACCCACCACAAAAAAAAAUCUCUGCAGGGAAUCCUGAGACCAGACAAAGGACCAGACAGGAAUGGGGGAUGGGUACAGGAACUAUCUGAGAGCAGAAGGGUGUGGCCUCGUCCGACUUCCAGGCAGUCAAAGCCCCCAGUUUUUCCACGGGCCUCCAUCCGGGCCUUGGAGCCCAGAGGGCCCUGCAGGAAAUACGGGAAGUGGAGAGCUAGGCCUUUAGACCAAACCGGGAAUGCCUUCUUCCUUUCGUCUGGAGGCUCAGAAAUGUCCCCAAGUUGGAGGCUGGAUACCUCGGGCCACAGAGGAAGUCCUCACCCUGCAGGAGUUAGAUGGCUGGACAGAACAACCAAGAAAGUCAUCUCUGCGCUGGAUUCCAGCUCCACUCCGUCCCUGCCACCACCUUUACCCUUCCCUGAGCUGCUGGGACUCCUCCCGUUCGUCCGCACAUCAGACUACAGCUUGAUGUUUAACCUGGCUCCAAACGGGACUGCUCCGUGUCCGAUCUUUCACUGCCCCCCAAGUGCCAGGACCCCAGGCAUUUGGACUGGGCCCCAGCCCCUUCGGGAGCGAUCAUUCCCCCCUUGGCCAAAUAGCCCAGCCGCCCCUGUCCCUCACCUGGGCCGGGCUGGACUGCUCCGGGACCGACGGGACACUCGCUCUCAGACAGGCUCUGCUCAACUCACUGCCCCGGGCCGGGAUCUAUAUAUGGCUGUCUCCACCCCCCUCCUGCUUGUCCUAAGAAACUUCUGGAAAGUUGGAAACGCUUCCGGAGAGCGCUGUGGCUCCCAGAGUGGAAAAAAAAAAGCCAAAGACCUCCCCCAAAACCGCCCUGGCUCCCGCCCCUGUGCCUGCGGGCGCUCUCCCAGCCCCUGGGUCCUACUGCCCCCUCGUCCGGCUGGGUUGGGGGCGUUGCUCCUUAAAGCCUGGACAUCCUUGGACUCUUGAGAUCCUGCAAGUGGGAGAGCAGGGUAGACUACAGGGUGAGCUGAAAAUCAGACUGGUCCAAAGUUCUGCUCCCAGGGACUGGAGUCCCCUUUUCAGGUUGUCCACGCAGCCUGCUCUGGUCACACACCCCUUGUGCCACACAUUUCUCUGAUCUGCCCCCAGUGCAUCCAUUGCCCACUGUUGGCAAGCUUUAAUUAGGGACUCCUUAGUCGGAGCCCCUCUCCUUUGCCUUAGGAGAGAGAGUCGGACGGACGCAGGGGUCAGUGCCCUUCUGCAGUCCCGGGUUCACCCUUGAAACCUCCCUGGGGAGGAGAAGGCCCGAGAGUUCCAGCUGGAUCCACACCCUGGAAGCCAAGUCUUGAGGUGAUUUCAGAGACAGGCACCUAGGCAGUUCCCCCAGAAAUGAAGAGGUAUGAGGGUAUGUUAAGUUCAAUGUUGUAUGACGUUCUUUUUCUGGGCUAGCGCCCUUGAGUGAAACAUGAUGUUGUCAUCGCUGCCCACCCCUGCAUUCCCUCUUAGGGCUUGGGGACUCACAGUUAGCUCUCCCACCGCUCUCCCACCCUGCCCCACCCCACCCUCCCACACUGAUAGCCUCUUGAGCUCUGAGUUAACCCAUAGUAUUCUUUACUGCUCUAGGUAUUGUGAACCAAGCUGCACACCGGGCAAAGUCCCUACCCUCGGGGAUGUCCUUUCUGAGGGGUGUGUGCUGUUAGUAGAGAAUUCAGUAGGUGAGGCUGGUUGUUUGGAGAUAGUGACAUAAUGGACAACAGACACAAUGGGCCUGCAGAGGAGAGGAGGGGAUGAGGUGGAGAGGCCUUUUUUCCCCUCGGUUCAACAUAUUGGGGGUCAAACUCAGGGCCUCAAGAAAGUUAGGAAAACAUUCUGCCACUGAGCUACACCCUAGCCCGGAGAUCCUGUAUUCACUCACUCUCUCAUCCAUUCAAUCAAUAGACUCCUAUUUAUCUUCUUUCUCCCAGAUUCAGGACUAGAGCCUGGGGACUAGGUGAAUUCUUGCGCCCAGUACUCCAAAAGAUGAUUCCCUGGAGUGUUGGCAUCAAACAAUUACAGGGAACAGUAGAGGAGUGUUUGGAUACCCCCACCCAGCCGCUCUACAGAGGCCUGGCUAUUGCUGCCCAGCCUUUUGCUCUAAGAGCUGAAGGAAACAUAAAUCCCAAUAGGUUUAGACCCUAAUCAAAGAGUCAGAGGGUAUAUGAAUGCUCAAGUGACCACGGAUGAUAAUCUUAUACUGAAGCCCCACAAAGUCUUUGAACCUAGUGAAGGAAUCUUAGCCUGUCAGAACCUCAGUGAGAAGACCUUAGAAGGAAAAUACCAAAACAAUCAUGGUGUCAGGCCUUGUGUCACAUGCCUGAAGUCCCAGGACUCUGGAGGCAGAAAGUAGGAGGGUAGCAAGUUCGAGGUUAGCUUAUGCUGAAGGCUUAGGACUUACUUCUGCAAACCUAGCAUUCUCCAGAACGUACCCCAAAGGCAACCACCUACCUCCCUCUAAGCACAGUGACUGGGUUGUCUUUGGGCAGCCCACUAUUGUUUUAUAGAAUAGAUCUGAUCUUUUGCAAACUUUCCAGGCCCAGGGUGAUGUCCCUCUCUUCAUGGUGUCUGUCCAGGGCCUUUGCAUACACUGUGUACUGCUUAUAAGGACAAAUCUUUGCAAUGUAAGGAUCCCACCUAA